AUGGCGGCGGUGCACGCCCAGCAGCAGCCCAGCGUCUUCCCCAAGAGCCACGUCGGGUUCGACUCCAUCACCACCCAGAUCGAGAAGAAGCUGCUCAAGCGCGGCUUUCAGUUCAAUGUCAUCUGCGUUGGCCAGACCGGUCUCGGCAAAUCGACACUCAUCAACACCAUCUUCGCUUCGCAUCUCGUCGACAGCAAGGGUCGCCUGACUCCCAACGAGCCAAUCCGUAGCACCACCGAGAUCCACCCAGUCACCCACAUCAUCGAGGAGAACGGCGUUCGUCUGCGCCUGAACAUUGUCGACACUCCCGGCUAUGGCGACCUUGUCAACAACGACCGCUGCUGGGAUCCCAUCGUCAAGUACAUCAAGGAUCAGCACAGCGCAUACUUGAGGAAAGAGUUGACGGCUCAGCGUGAGCGAUACAUCCAAGAUACCCGCAUUCACUGCUGCUUGUACUUCAUUGGCCCGACUGGUCACGCUCUCAAGCCAAUCGACAUUGUCGUGUUGAAGAAGCUGAGCGAGACCGUCAAUGUCGUGCCUGUCAUCGCCAAGGCCGAUAGUCUCACCUUGGAGGAGAGGCAGCUGUUCAAGGACCGCAUCAAGGAGGAAUUCGCCUUCCACAACAUUCGCAUGUACCCCUACGAGAACGAGGAGUACGACAGCGAGGAGGCCGCCAUGAACUCUCAGAUCAAGUCCAUCAUUCCAUUCGCAGUCGUCGGCAGCGAGCGCAACAUCAACGUUGACGGCAAGACUGUGCGCGGCCGCCAGAACCGCUGGGGAACCAUCAACGUCGAGGACGAGAAGCACUGCGAAUUCGUCUACCUUCGAGACUUCCUCACCCGCACCCAUCUCCAGGACCUGAUCGAGACCACCUCCCAGAUCCACUACGAAUCGUUCCGUGCCAAGCAACUGCUCGCGCUCAAGGAGAGCUCUGCACAAGUCCACAGCGGCAGCCGACCCAUCUCUCCAGCUGCCGACCGCGAACUUAGCAGGCAAAGCCAGCGCAUGACCAUGAACGGGUACUAG